AUGGGAAACAGACCAUCAAAAAAGCCAGCUGUUGAGCUGAAAACCCAUGAAGAACAUCCAAUGACUAACGAAGAAGCCAAAACCAUCCAAAAACUACAACGACUGCAGUCUAGAAAACGCACAAAACGGAAGCUUGUCAAUUUCUGUGACAUAGAAGCCACCCCACCACAAUCUCCUCGAGAUGGCCAAAAAGAUGAUAUUCAAAAAGAAAUCCAAACGUUAGUAAAAAAAAAGAAAAAUGAAGAAGCUUCGAAUGGAAAUUUUAUGCCUUUAGCAUUAAUGAAAGCAGAUGUCACUAAAAUCGAUGUGACAAAAGGACAAAGCUAUCUAAAGAAAAAAAAUAAGUCCGAGUUCCAAAUAUACCAAAAUUUUAUUUUUUAAAAAAAAAAUAAAAUUAUUUUAUUUUAUUUUAUAAUUCAUUAAAAAUAAGCAUAAAAGUCCCAAUCCCACCUGUCAAAAGGCACUCAAAAUUCAAAUCAAUCCCCUUUGAAUAUGAAAAACAGCUAAAAACUUAUGAUGUGGCUCGACAUGACUGAUUCGGUGAAACCGAAAAUAUUUUUGAACCACAAACCACCAGAAGAGACUUUUUAAAUUCUCCAAAAGCGGUAAAUUUUAACUUAAAAUUCACAAAAAACGCCAAAAAAGAGCGUGUGAUGACUGAGGGGAAUGAAGAAAGUGUGCCUUAUGCUCCCAUUUUUAAGCCAAAAAGACCUUCAAAGCUUAACUUGAAUUUUGAAGGAAUGCACCUUGAAGUGCCAAAACCUAAAGCUAGUGAAAAUUUAUUGCCUGCCACUCCUAUGAUAAAUAGAGGCCAGCCGGGGCUUAGAAGUUUGGUAAAGGAAAGAAGCUUACAAUUUAUAGAUCCUAUGCCAUUUGCAUCGUUUUCUGGUAAAGACUCAUCUAUAAGAUCUCCACCCCCUUCAGCAUUGCCAGUAUUGCCAGACACUCCAAUUGGGCCGAAAAAUAAAAUCAUUAGAUUAAGGACAAAAAUCAGAUCUAAUCUAAGUAAGGACUUAGCAAAUGAAAAAUUGGAAGCUCCAAAGAAUCUAAAAGACCAAAUUGUAUGGAAAGGUCAGAAUGGUUAUAUUGAUCGUUGAAUUAUUAAUUUGUUUCUUAAUAAGAAUAUCCUAAGUUCCUAAUUAAAGACAGAAAUAAAAUGUUGAUGUCGACGGAAUAUGGACUCCCAGACACACUCCUAUUGAGCAGGUAGGAACCGUACCAUUGAAGCUGAAAAUAGUGCCUCCACCACUUUUUGAAGUAGGCCUUCUGGUUUAAGGAUGACUGUCGAAGAGGGAAGUUUUGUUUAUCUCCCAGAAAGUAUUUGCCUGCCACCUAAUCUUUGCUUAUAGGGACUGAAGAGAUAUCCACAAGAGAUGACUCUAACCUAGGGACCUAAUCCUUAGGCUAAGUGGGUUUUAAGCCAGAUAGGCAGGCGUCUUAUAAUUUUAACUUAACUUAAUUAAAAACACUAUUUAUUUAUUUUUUUAAAAAAAAAAUAUUUAUUCUAUAUCGCCAUAUGUCUUUAAAAGACUUUUUAUUAAUUUCAAAGCUCGGCGAAGGAGCCUAUAGCGUCGUCUGAAAAGCUCUCCGAAUCUGUGACAACGAAGUUUACGCCUUAAAAAAAGUAUCCCUCGGCAAAUUGAAACCAAAAGAAAAAUCAAACGGUCUUAACGAAGUUCGAAUUUUAGCAAGCAUAAACCAUCCCAAUGUAAUUGCUUACAAAGAAGCAUUUUUCGAUGACGAUAGCAACAGCUUAUGCAUUGUGAUGGAAUACGCCGAUGACGGCGAUUUAUACCAAAGAGUCCUAGAAUAUCAGAAAAAAGGCACUUAUAUGGCAGAAAAUUUUAUAUGAGAUGUUUUAAUACAGUUAACGAAAGGCCUUAAAGCGCUCCACAAGCUCAAUAUAAUGCAUAGAGAUUUGAAAUCUGCUAAUGUAUUUUUGUGUAAGGACGGAAGUGUAAAAUUAGGGGAUAUGAACGUUUCGAAAGUGGCUAAACAGGGGAUGAUGAACACACAGACAGGGACACCUUAUUAUGCGAGCCCUGAGGUAUGGAAAGAUGCACCAUAUGAUAUUAAGUCUGAUAUUUGGUCACUUGGCUGUGUAAUUUAUGAAGCAAUUACGCUAAAACCGCCUUUUCAGGCUGAAGAUAUGCAAGGGCUUUAUAAAAAAGUGAUAAAAGGGGAUUAUCAUCCUAUACCCAGAGGGUUUUCGCAAGAUUUGGCUAAUGUAAUAUCGCAGCUUAUACAAGUUGACCCGAAGCUGAGGCCAAGCUGUUCACAAAUUUUGAUGAUGCCUGCUGUGACUAGGAGGGUAAAUUUAAUAGAGGAGGACGAAAAUAUUGACAAUUAUUUGUUAGGGACUAUUAAGAUGCAUAAAAACAUGCCACAAGAUAAGCUGCCAAGAGCCAAGUAUAGAGAUGAUUUAAGACAGAAUUUGAGUGAGCCGCCUCCUGAAAAUGAUUCCGAUAUAAAACAAUUGACGAGUAAACAAAAAACGAAAGAUUCUCUUAAGAUGAAAAAGAAUGCGUUUUCCGGUAGAGUUAAAGAUUAUAGUUUUGAUAGCUUAAUCUUCUUAUGCAAUUUUGUUUCAAUUUUUUUAACACCUUACUUCCCCUUCUCUGUGAGCAACCAAAACCAUUGGGGAAUAGUCCCUAUUUUUUGGGUAAAGAACCAUCCUCGUAAACGAGUAAUAUAUAUUUUUUUAUUAUAAAUUUUAUUAUAAAAAUAUUUUGAUAUAUAAGUAAUAAUUAUUAUAAUUAAAUGUCAAAUUAACUGUUUUAAUUUAAACAGCUUGAAUUUUUAAAAAUAAAAAUUUGCAAAAUUAAAUUAAUUUAGUUUUCAAUUUUCGUUGAUUGUAAUUUUGCUAAAUUUAGGGAAAAAAUCCUCCAUGAGAGAACAAAAUUUUUUUGUUCGCUUACGAAGGGAGGGGGAGUUAGCACUCAACAACCUACAAUUAAAUUAAUUUUUGUGUAUUAAUAUUAUUCUAGAAGGAAAGAUAGGAAAUCUUGAGAAAUUUGGACUUUCUUCAGUAAAGAGAAAAAGCAUUCGGAAUAAGAGCGAAAUGAGAGAAAAUUAUGACACUUUGAAACUUCCUGGUGUUUCACAAAAGACUAGGAAAUAUAAGGUCUUUGACGGUAUUGAAUCAUUAAAAAGGGAAGGAUAUUUAAUGAAAUAUAUGCCUUUACCACAGCGAAGAAGAGUUUUUCAAAGAAACCCGAACACGAAUCAAAGCUACAUUGUCCAUCUUUAA